ACACAAGUCUUUAUCUAACGGUCGCGGCGUAGUAGCAGUGAAAAGUUUGCCGAGGCCAAAAUGCGGUGCUGUUUUCGGACUUAAAAGAGGAGGACCUUCGUCGUCUUGCCAGUCAUCAUCCUGCACGAUGGCUACGGCGACGGCGGCGACCAACUCCGCAGUUGCUGCUGCUGCGGCCCGCAACGGCUCGUCGGUGUUAACUAAUGCUUUGGGCAGCGACAAGGCUUCGGUGGACGGCGACCGCGGUUUCUUCGGCAGGACGGUCGGAAAGAUAUUAUUCCCCGCCCGGUUGUUCGGACGGUCCAGCGCGACCGUCGACGACGAAAUGGAAGAGUACGGCGAUGAUGACGACGACGACGACGACGACGACGACGACAUCGACAACGACGACGAAGAAAAACAAAUGCGAACGUCCAUGUUGAAGAACAACUCGCCCGUCUACGAAAAAAAAAACACAGAAAUACUUGGUCUGGAUGAAGGUCACAUGGUGACCAUAGUAAAAGAUUGCACGAUCGUUCCCGGUAUCGGAGACACCAUAGACCCGCCGAGAGAGACGUGGGAGAGAAACGCUGACUUCUUACUGUCUAUCAUCGGGUUCGCCGUCGACCUGGCCAACAUAUGGCGGUUCCCUUACUUAUGUUACCGGAAUGGUGGCGGCGCUUUUUUGAUACCUUACGCUCUGAUGUUAGUCUUCGGCGCCGUACCCCUAUUCUACAUGGAACUUAUCCUGGGACAGUACAACCGCCAGGGUCCCAUCUCCGUGUGGACCAACACGUGCCCGCUGUUUAAAGGAGUGGGAUUUUGCGCCGUGCUUGUGGCUUUCUACGUAUCAUUCUACUACAACGUGAUCAUCGGAUGGUCCCUGUAUUUCUUGGCCAUGUCCAUAAACACAUCGUCGUCACUGCCGUGGAUACACUGUAAUAACACGUGGAAUACCAUCAAUUGUGUCGAUCGAAACAUGAACCAAUCGUAUUUGUUCAAAAACGGUACGACCUUGAGCGACUCCGUGUCGCCGGCCGCCGAAUAUUUCCAUCGUGGAGUGCUAGAGAUGAGCGAAGAUGGCUUAGACCACGGAUUAAUGGGUUGGCCCAAAUGGCAAUUGGCUGUCUGCGUGUUCAUUGUCUACGUCAUGUUGUAUUUGAGCCUUUUCAAAGGAGUGAAAUCAUCGGGAAUUGUCGUGUGGGGUACUGCCACGUUACCUUAUCUUGUAUUGACCAUACUUUUAGUGCGUGGAUUAAUGUUGCCCGGCUCACUGACCGGCAUAGCAUACUAUUUGCAACCAGAACUCAGUCGUUUACUCGACACUCAAGUUUGGGUGGACGCGGCUGUGCAGAUAUUUUAUUCGGUCGGUGCUGGAUUCGGAGUCCAUCUUUCCUACGCAUCCUACAACAACAUCAGAAACAACUGUUACACAGAUUGCUUGAUUACCACUGCGGUAAAUUGUUUUACCAGUUUUUUUUCUGGUUUCGUCAUAUUCACUUAUCUCGGAUAUAUGUCACAUCAACAAGGAAAACCAAUUGACUCUGUUGCUACUGAAGGUCCCGGCCUCGUGUUCCAAGUAUAUCCAGAGGCUGUGGCUACGUUACCCGGAUCUAGUAUUUGGUCAGUUCUCUUUUUCUUCAUGGCCAUCACUUUAGGAAUCGAUUCUGCAAUGGGCGGUCUCGAGUGUGUCAUUACAGGACUAAUGGACGAGUUCCCCAGAUUCUUCAAGCACGCCGGAGAAAAGUGUGGAAACUUAAAAAAAAGUACUUGGAUCUGUUGGUCGCGUGAACAGUUCACAUUUUUAGUCAUUGCGGUGUCGUUUUGCGUGGCUCUCAUCAACGUUACACCUAGCGGUAUAUACAUACUACACUUGUUGGACACGUAUGCCGCUGGGAUAUCGUUGCUGUGCAGCGCGCUGUUCGAGUGCGUUGCGGUCUCGUGGUUUUACGGACUGGAGAAAUUUUCACAAGACGUCGAGGAGAUGUAUGGUCAUCGCCCAGGGCCAUAUUGGCGGAUAUGUUGGAAGUUCCUCAGUCCUCUGUUUAUACUUAGCGUCGUGGGUUUUGCGGUAGCCGAUCAUCAACCAUUAAAAUACAACGGAUACAUAUUUCCGGCUUGGGCAGAAUACCUAGGAUGGGGUUUGACCAUGAGCUCUAUCAUCAUGAUUCCCUUGGUCGGAGCCUUCCAGUUGUACAAAGCUCCUUGCUCUUCGUUUAAAGAGCGAUUGGCUUACACGAUCACGCCCAAAGCCGAACUCGAACUGAGGCAAAUCGAAUACAACAACGCUCGUGACCCGGGCAGCGUAACCAGGUUCAAGCUACGUCAUUGGCUGCAUGUCUAACCUCAACAACUGGAUUUACUUAUUCACUCCGUUUUUCAACGGCAGAUCUAAGUGAUCAAUGGUUUAUCUAAAAUAAAAAAACAUUAAAAAAAACUUUUCAAACGGCACUGUCAACGUGCGAGAAGCAGCAAAGCGUCUUAAAUAGCAACACCGACGCGCGAAUCACAAGUAAUUUUGUUUUUAUUGUUUUUAUCCUAAAGACGUUUUUACCUUAAGUUUUGUGUAAAGUAUCCACCGUAGUUUCGUCGCGCAAGUACCUCUACCCUUUGUUCUCUUUUUGUACAUCAUUACCUUCACACGUUACCUAAUACCUAUACCAAUAGAUUAUAAGCCACUAUAAACCUGUUACUAUAUUCAUAAAACCAACGACAGAUCACCCACUAUGAUCUAUCACGGAACUCUUGGAGCAAUCCGUUUGACUUGUCAUUAAUUUACCAUAAUUGAUAAUACACAUACACGUGUAAACGAACAACCACGUGUCCUAUUAGGAUAGGGGUCCUAUAAUAAAUGACCUUGUAACCAAUACAAUGUAAACGGCCGUUAUAUGCUGAUAUACCUACUAACUUUAAAUUAUUGAUUAUGUAAACCAACUUUCGUACAACCGUAUAGGAUGAUAUAAACACAAUAUAAACGCAAUACAGAUAAAACGAUUAACAUUAGAGUAUUCUCAAAAUGCAACUACCGUCCCAGGCGCGGAUCUAAGAAUAAAGUGCUAAUUUGGAGAAAUGCUGUAAAACCUUGUAACCUUAACACACUCUUCAUUUGUAACAAUAAUCGCGAAUAUCGAUGAUAACUGUUAUUGGGCUUUAAAUACAAAUUAAUCCAAGAAUGAUUAAUCGCUUAAGUCUUAAGUUCUCCCCUUCCUUAGAUCCUCGCCUGCACCACUCGCGUCACAUUUUUCACUAGUUAUUACAGCAUUAUAUAUUAUCUUGUUUGUAAUUGAUGCUUUGUUAUAUUGUAGUAUAAUCGUAUAUAUAAACGUAUAACUAUAUCAGCAUGUAAAAAAUGUAUGUUGUAUCUAUUAUUGGAAAUCGGUCAGAAUAGCUGAUGGAAAUUCAUCAAAAAUAAAAGUAAUAACUAAUAAGUAAUAUGUUAAAUGUUAAUAAAAAUAGGUCAUCGAUAAACAAUGCAUAAUUAUCGAGUGACUCUUUUUUUAUGAAUGCUUUAGUAAUCUACAAUUAUAGUUUAACCUUGAACAAAUUGAGCGAGGAUCUAAAAUCAAUUCUAGGAAGCUUAGCCUUCCCAACUAGUUUUAUGGUUAUAUGUUCUAGUGUUAAUAAUUCAGUUACAAAGUUCUGCUUUUUUUAAAUAAAAAAUGUUUUUUUUUAAAUAAGAAAACUAGAUGGAUUGUACCAGUUUGAGUACAAAAUAUAAUUUUGGUUUUAUUUUAUAGCUUUGCUAGAGAUAAAAUCGACCAUUUCCUUUGUAUUAUUCGUUUGUACUAUACUCGCUCAAAUGUGUGCAUUAUUUUUAAGUCGCCUGUCGCCGUUAUAUAACUUAGUAUAUAUUUUUUCGAAGUUUUGACCUAAUUUUUUCACAUUAUAUAAUAUAUUUCGUCGUACUUAUAACAUUACUAUUUAUAAUAUAUUAUUAAAUGACAGCCAAACCGCUAUAUUAUGUUUACCAUUACCUGUAUAAUAAUUGAUUGCAUUUAUCUAUAAUGACUUUUAUAUAUUUGGGUUCAAAUUUGUAUUUUUAUCAGAUGUAGAUAAAUCACACACUAAAUGCGUAUCUUGUUCUCGGCGUUUAUUUUUUAUUAUAAUUUUUCUAUGAUUUAUAUUAUAAUCUCACAAUGAGGUACAUUUUCUACACUCCUUUAAUUCGUACUUAGUACCCAUUCAAUAUAGUAUUUUACAAUUUGUAUUUUUAUUUAUUAUGUGCCAUCAUCGAUAUCUUACAAUAAAAUAUAUCAGGGAAUCUAGUCGUAUCCCUCGUUUACCCUAAUAUCUAGUCUAUAGUCUUUAUCUAGAAUAUAAAUUAAACUAUUAAUUUAAUGUGUAUAGUACCUACUACUUAACUGUUGCAAAUUAGCACCGAUACAAAAUAAUUGAAGUACUAAGAUGGUAGAUAUCUAUUCUUAACCAGCUAUAUAUUACCAACUGACAACUAGAUUUUUAUUUCUACCUAUAGAAUCUACAUAAUUAA